UACUUGAAUUAUAUUUAACAAAGUUAUAUGCAAAAGAAUAUUUCUCUAUUUCCCUGUCAUAUUUAAAGAAGCAAAAAAGAAAAAAGUAAAAACGAGAGAAAGAAGAGAAACAAAAAAUACGGAAAAGAGGAAGAACAAAAUUUAAAAUAAAGUGUGAUUACUUGCGAAAAUUAACCGUAUUAUUUUUAUUGGAACAAAAAUUUAUUUCACAAUUUGGAAAUACUUCAAUUAAGGUUGAGGUAACUGAAUUGCCGUAAUAUUGUAAAAAUGGAGGAGAAUUAUAGCAGCAACUGCGAUAUUAAAAUUCCAGAGUGUAAAAAACUAGCACGUGAAGGAAAACUACAUGAUGCUCUGGAUCAGUUACUGGCAUUAGAAAAAUUGGCUCGAACAUGUGCAGAUGUGGCAUCUACAUCAAGAAUUCUUGUAGCUAUUAUUCAAAUUUGUUUAGAAGCAAGAAACUGGGCAGUUUUAAAUGAACAUAUAGUAUUAUUGUCCAAAAGACGUUCUCAGUUGAAAGGAGCUGUUACAAAAAUGGUUCAGGAAUGUUGUACGUAUGUAGAUAAAAUGCCUGAUAAAGAAACCAAAAUUAAGUUAAUAGAAACAUUGCGCACUGUAACAGAAGGAAAGAUAUAUGUAGAAGUUGAAAGAGCAAGGCUUACACAUCGCUUAGCAAAAAUCAAAGAAGAAGAUGAAGAUAUUUCAGGUGCUGCGACAGUUAUGUUGGAAUUACAAGUUGAAACAUAUGGUAGUAUGUCACGUUUAGAGAAAGCAUCCCUUAUUCUAGAACAAAUGAGAUUAUGUUUAGCAAAAAAAGAUUUUAUGCGCACUCAAAUAAUAGCCAAGAAAAUUAAUGUUAAAUUCUUUAGUGAUGAAAAUGAUGAAGAGACACAGUCUCUUAAAUUGAAAUAUUAUGAUUUAAUGAUGGAAUUGGCCCGUCAUGAAGGCUGGCAUUUAGAGUUAUGUAGACAUAAUCGAGCAGUGUUAGAAACGCCAGCUGUUAGAGAUGACCCUGAAAAAAGACAUGCCGCUCUUUCACGAGCUGUUCUGUACCUUGUACUUGCACCACAUGAGCCAGAACAAGCUGAUUUGACCCAUAGGCUGCUUACUGAUAAACUUCUAGAUGAAAUACCAACAUAUAAAGAACUGUUACGCCUUUUUGUCAAUCCAGAACUAAUAAAGUGGUCUGGACUUUGUGAAAUAUAUGAAAGAAAACUUAAAACAACCGAAGUUUUUAACUUAUGGACUCGCGAAGGUUGUAAGCGAUGGGCCGAUCUUCGAAAUCGCGUUGUUGAACAUAAUAUCAGGAUUAUGGCAAAAUAUUACACAAAAAUUACACUAACUCGCAUGGCUGAAUUAUUGGAUUUACCGGUUGAAGAAACGGAAGCCUGUCUAUGCAGUUUAGUAGAAACUGGCGUUAUAAAUGCCCGUACUGAUCGUCCAGCUGGAGUAGUUCGUUUUACAGGAACCCAAGAGCCAGCUGCUCUUUUAGAUGCCUGGGCUGCAUCUUUAUCAAAAUUAAUGAGUCUUGUCAAUCAUACAACUCAUCUGAUUCAUCAAGAAGAAAUGUUAGCUGUAGCUCAAUCUUGAAAGAUGAAUUUGCCUCAUCCUUUAUUCUUCUUUCUUUCUUUCUUCCUUUUACCUUUUUUUCUCUUCCCUUUGUACCACAAUCUUAUUUCCUCAAUUUUCUUCUUGACAUAAUACUUUUACAAUUAUUUCCACAUGGCGAUUGCAUAUAAAUAGUUAUACACUUUGUAUGCAUAACCUAAAGAAAGCAUUUAAAAAG